ACUGCUCCACAGCAACCUGGUGUGUGUGUGUGUGUGUUUCCCCAUCCCCAUCCCCCCGAUCUCGAGCAGCAACGCUCUAGAUCUAUAUAUUGAUUCUGCCCGGGCCGAUGACACAUCACGUUGUCGACAUCUGCGUCUGCAUCAGUGCAUCUGCGCCGUCAGCCAUUCCCUUCCCCCCUUCCUCCCAUCGUUUCCCCUCUGUGGCCCGCGCUGGGUCUUGGCUGUGGCCUCGGACAAGGCAGGCAGGCAGGCAAGCGUGCAGCCCACCCGGAACUCGACACCUUCAGGGAGCCGGUUCGGCGACUCGCGUUGCUGCAAUCAGCGAGACUCGGCCCUCCACAUACAUGAAUACAUACUCUACAUACUCUACAUACAUCCAUACGUGCAUAUUUGCUACAUACACAAGUACUCUACCGUACCUACCAGGUGAACAUGUGCGACAUGACUCGCCGGCCGCCUCUUUCCUCUGCUCCUCCUCCAUCCUCCAUCCUCCCUCCCUUGCUUGCAUCGUCGUCAUCCUGCCCACUGCCACCGCCUCGCUUGCAAGUUGCAUCGUAUCAUCGUAUCAGCCAUACAUACAGCAGAAAAGUCCCCGAUCCCCCCGAUCUGCCCGCCGCCCGCCUGUUCGCCUGCCCGUCUCUCCGUCUAUCUGUCCGUCUCUCUGUCUCUGCGCUCCCGUCUCUCGUUUGCACCGGAUGGUGGUGGUGGUCGUCGCUAGCUAGCGUAGCGCCGAGUCGAGUCGGGCCAAUUCGAGUCGGGUCGUCGCCUCUUUCAUUCUCCCUUAUCGUGCGUGCGUGAGUUGCGUGUGGAGUAUCGUAGCAGCGGUACUCGUGCCGGUGCGGUGGAGCAAGCAAGCAGCUGGCCCUCUCGGGGAAUCCCUUCUUUCCCGACGAACCUGCCUGGCCCUGUCUGGCCUGCUU